AUGGACGCAUACCCCGACCUCAAGGCCAAGGCCCUCGCACUCCCGAAGCCCGAGCUGAAGAAGAAAAAGAAGAUGGAGAAGCGCGGGAAGGAUCUCUUCAAGGGCCAGUCCCACGACGAGCUUCUCGCGGCCCAAAACGCGCUCUUUGCCCAGGCCAAGGCCCAGCAAGACAUGUAA